CAAAGCUUUUAUUAUAAAUACAAAGCACUCUUCCAAAACCCAUGACGCCCGUGUCAUCAUCACGAUUAGAUGGCCUAGCGGAGGUCACAGAGCUGGAGCAAAUACCCUUGCCAUACAAGGUCCUUUAUCAUACAUUGAUCCUUAAGAAUGAAAUGCCAAUUGAUCUUUUACAAGAGCGUCAACUCUCUGGGUCACAACAACUCUUGACAUGGAUUAAGGCUGCCAUGUCUCUCCUUGAAACUGUUUCAGCAUCUCAUCAACCGCCUUCACAACAGCAAAAAUCAUCACAACCACAAUCCCUGCAGCAAUUAUUUCAAAGAGACGAAGAGGAGGAUGAAGAACUCGAAGCUGAAAUUCAGGAUGUUGUCUCAGGGUUUGGACAAUAUGAAUCUACCAUAGAAUCAAGUAUUGAGAUUUUGUUGCAGUUGGAGGAGGCGAUUUCUGAACGGUCAUCAACACCAUUACCGAAGGAUGAUGAUGGUUCACAGGCUCAUCUCAGUCCAGAGAUCGAAACAGUUUUGAGUGAAUGGUCUCGGUUUCGUGGGAUCGUCAAUGACCUCAGUGGAUCUAUUCGAGAGCAUCAACGACUUCGUGAUGGGAUCCAAAGCGUCCGUAACAUGACUGAACAGACUCAGAUGGCGACAGGGAUCCUUGAAAAGUGCCUGAGGGACAUUGCAGCAGACAGGCAACGGACCGCCGAAUUGGCUCUGCAAGAUAUUAAUUCAUGGAAUGAAAGCUCCACCAGUUUGAACAGUCAAGACAGUGCUAGCUCAUUACGAGCACGAGCCACGACGUCCGGCGUCGAUAGCAAUGACAUGCUGGAGCUAGACUCGAGAAUGGGAUUAUUAGCGCUUCAGAUCGAUACCCUCCAGAAAUCCUACCCAGAAUGUACACGAUCUAGCAAGCUCUUCAAGAGCAGAGCUGGCAGGAACCUGAAGCAGCAAGAGGGGGGUUCAAUUGCGGAAAAGAAAUAUGUAAUGCAUAAACUCUACAGAGAGUUGCUCAAGGACUGGCAUGCUUUUCGGACACGUAAAGACCAGCUCUGGCGGGAUCUCGAAGAAUGUGAUCGAUGGAGGACACGGAUUGAGAAAAUGGCUAAGCAAAUUGAGAGUAUGUUGGAGCCUGUCGAGAUUUUCCACAAGAUGUGUGUCAACAUCCUUACUACCUUGGAUGCUCAAGCAACAGCAGAAGACGAAAUGGAUGAUACCAUGUUACGGAAGUCUUUGACCGUUGAUAUGCUCGAUAUCGCAGAAGCGCAUGUUGAGCUGUCUGCAUCAUCUGCAUCAUCUGCAUCAUCUGCACCAACCCAUAACAAAUCUUUCAUGGAUCCCGAAGAACCAGUGGACAUGGAAAUGCUUUCAUCCGUUCUCCAAGAACUGGACGAAAAGCAGAACAUGACAGCACCAGCUAUUGAAAAUAUGUUUUGGGUUCAAGAAGGCGAGAUCCAGCACCGAUCAAAAGCUGCAACCGUACCAUCUACUACACCAACGCCAACUUCUGAAACUCCUGUGGAUGCUCCACAGCUCUCUCCUGCUUCAAACUCAACCGCCUCGUCACCCACACCUCCAACUAUGGACCAUUCCCCAUUAUACCCUAGUCUGGCUAUGCUGGAGCGUCAGAGAAAUUUAAAGAACCGAUGGUCCAAUCUCAAGACAUCGCUUGACACCAUCGGCACUAAGCUCCAUGCCCAUCAUAUUCGAUUGAAAGAAAAAGCCAACGUGGCUCUGAUCAAGAAGGAAGAAGCUGCAGAGGACAAGACCCUUGUUGGUAGUGGCAAUAGCGACUGGGGCUCUGCCCCUCGGCUGCGACGAUCCAACACAGUGAGUACUCAACAAACUCUUCCCACCAGACCUAUUUCACCCAAUUGGAAACCAAGCCACCAUCGGUUCUUGCGUGGCAAAUUAGUGACAUCCAUGUCGAUGGAUUCUUCCGCGGUCCGAAAGUACAUGCUAGUCAAGUCUGAUAAGCCUGUCUGGGACAAGCCCCGACCAUGGUGCCCCUCUGCCAAUCCACAGUCACCUGGCAUGCCUGGAUUCCCAUUGCAGACGUCUUCCUGGGGUUACUAUAUUGUUACUACCUCCAAGAGUGAAGAGAAUUUCGGCGCACUUAUAGCAACACCAGCUCCACCACCUGUUCGUGCCCCUACUCCAAAGCCCCCACCUCCUCCCAAGUUUAAUCGACCUCCAUUCUCUCCAGGCGGUAACCGUCGGUACACAGCUUUCAAUAAGCCUCCUCCACCUCCUCCAUCACGUUCACUGUCUGUGACAGGUGAUUAUAAGAAUAACCCUUACUUGACAGCAUCAGGAGAUACGAUCGACUGGGCCAAGACGCUUCGACGCUCAACCUCGGUCACAAAUAUCAAGCCCAUCAACCCACGUGGCCGUAAUACACCAGCAAGCAGACAGAAGAGAGCAGUAUCUGCUGCAGCAGGAACUAUUCAAGGCCAGGGUAUUGGCUCAAAUUCCAACAAAAAUAGGAGUAGUCUGCAGCUCUCGAGCGGUGCAUGGGAUUCAAAACAUAACAAUGGCACUAAUAACAAUGGCAGCCGCAGACACUCACUAUCUUCCUUCAACAAUCCACUUAUGAUGCAGAAUAACGACUCAACCUCGAGUGUCGACUCAACAGAUAGUUCGUCAUCAACAUCGUCAUUGGCGUCCAUCUAUUCUGCGCUUUACGACGGAGGUCGCACGAGUAGCAACAAUGGUAAUAAUAACAAUAACUAUGGUUCCUCGUUAUCAUCAUCGAUUGGAGGACGAUCACCUUCACCGUAUGAGCCCAUGUUCGGGUCGUCGUUUACAGCGGCUCGAUCAUCUGCUGCGCUUCAUUCUGCAUUGAUGGCAAGCAUGUCGUCAUCGUCAUCGGCAUCUCUGAGAUAUUGUUCAAGUUCACUCAGUAACCACAGUGGUAACAACAGCAGCAACAGCAACAACGAUGACGAUUUCUCGUCUUCGAAAUUCCAACAACACCUGCAAAAGCAACAACAAGAGUACCGUCAGCGGCAACGACAACGACAACAUAAAGAACAGAUGAAGAAAUUGGGAACGACAUCUGCAUCAUCAUGGAUGAGCAUGAACAUGAACUUGAAUACAGGUAGCAUCCUGUCAGCUCUGUCAUUUACCGUUCCAACAUAUAAUUUUGAAGAUGAAUUUGGACCUUUGGGUCAGAGGAAGGAUUCAAUCACUGCUAUGUAACAACAACCAAGCAACAAACACAUUGCCGCCA